AUGUCCAAGGAGUUCACGCAAGCCAUCAUGGAGGUGCGAAGUGAUCAGGAGAUUCCAAAGCAUGAGACGGCACAGUCGGGGCAUGCCUUGGAUGUGUCAGCCGGCUCUUCGCGCUGGGACGCCGCUUUUGUUGAGGAUGAGGAUGACCCCAUGGUGGAGUGGAACUUCGACGCAGAUCUGAGCUCUGAGCCCAAAGAGGCAAGUUGCCUGGUGUUGAGCCCGGUGGCACUCGAAGGAGGACACGAGGGCUCCCCGGCGUCCCCUUUGUCCAUGUCCUACGGCUUUGUCAGGGACAGCUUCGCAUCUGCUACGGAUUUGUUCGAUCGAGCAGAAGAGGCGUCGCAAGGAGAUGCUGGCUGCCGUGAGAUGGCCGUUGCGAGAGAGUCUUCUUAUAUUACGCAUAGCUUCUGA